GACACGUUCGCACGACAAAAGAAGAAGCGCUUGAUUUGCAGUGCACGUGCAUCCCAUUCCACGGGACCUGACUUUCGGUAUUCUUCCAACGUCAGCGUCAAGCCGUACGAACCUCAGCUGUGGACGACGAUAAUCUUUCCGGGUCAGAAGGGGAGAGUGAUACCAUGAGUAAUCCAAAAGUGUUCUUCGACAUCAAGGCCAACGGCGAUUCCCUCGGUCGCAUCAUCAUGGAAUUAAGGGCGGAUGUCGUUCCCAAGACCGCAGAGAAUUUUCGGGCGCUUUGCACCGGCGAGAAGGGAUUCGGCUACAAAGGCUCUACGUUCCAUCGAGUCAUUCCCAACUUCAUGUGUCAAGGAGGAGACUUCACCCACCACAACGGUACGGGAGGAAAAUCAAUCUACGGAAAUAAGUUUGACGACGAAAACUUCACAUUAAAGCACACGGGGCCAGGUACUUUGUCCAUGGCAAACGCGGGGAAGAACACCAACGGGUCUCAGUUCUUUCUGACGACGGCGAAGACUGCGUGGCUAGAUGGAAAGCACGUCGUCUUCGGCAGCGUCGUUGAGGGAAUGGACAUUGUCAAGAAAGUGGAGUCUUACGGUUCCCAAUCCGGAAAGACAUCGAAGAAAAUCGUAAUUGCUGACUGCGGACAGUUGUAACUCCCAUUGAGCUUUGUUUCACGGCUUUUCUACGUGCCAGCUGAAACCGUACGUUUAAACAGUUUAAAUAAACAGUUUCGUUGUAA